UAUAUAUAUAUAUAUCGAUAUCUCUAUAUAUCCAUUAUUAAUUAAUAUUAAUAUUCCGAUUUAUUUAGGGUUUCUUAAAGUGAUAAUCAACAACAUGUCGUGACCGGUUAGGCUUGGUUGAUUUUGUCAGAAAAGAAAACGGAAAGUGACCGUCAAAGGGUUGUCCCUUACAAUCGUCCUAGGCUUAUCAGAAGAGUCGACAUAUUAUGGCUCCGAUCACCAGGAGGAAGAGAAAGGAGAUGACUCCAGAUAUUGAGAUUACAACAUGCGAUAAGAGCAGUAAGGCUGCUCUGGCAUCAUCAGAUGAGAAGAAGCCAAAGAUGCGGAAAACAGCUCAGGAGAAGAAAAUAAUCUUAUGCGAUAAUCCAAGAGUCGACAUGGCUCCGCUCACCAGCAGCAGGAAGAGGUGUGAUAUUAAGACGACCAAGGGUUGUCCGAUAGUGCCAAAGAGGUGUUUAAUAAUUCCGAAGAAGGAAAGUUUACCAGUUGAUGAGGAAAAGUUUGAAUCUUUAGAAAGCAAGGACUCUAUAUUCGAACUCAUCCCAUCCAAAACCACGAGGCGUAAGAUUGAUGAUGCAGAUGAGGAACAGGUAGUCACCAAGGAUAUUAAUGUUCAUAUUAAAGCUCUCCAGAAACUUAUUACCGCCAGUUUCAAUUUCGUCCGAAAUUAUGAAUUCUUAAUCGCUUCUGCUAAAGAGGUGCUGCGCUUGCUUGAUUGCUUCAUCAAGGAUACUGAGUCUCCGAAGUUCGACUGGGUGAGUCAUCGAUAUGUGGAAGGAUUGAGGCCUCAAGGAACAUACACCUAUCCCCCAGAUGUUUCUGCCUAUGAAUGCAACCUUGCCAAGGGUGGUCGUGCAAGUGUUUAUCCGAUUUCUCCGAUUUUUUAUGAGAAAUCUGCACCGAUAGAUUGUAUAUAUUAUUCAAGUGACGGUCUUUGCCAUUGCCCUUGUUUGAACAUAGAAGAAUACAAAAUCUGGCGGGAGUUUGAAAUGCUGGAUGAGGGGAAUCCUGAAUCUCUAGUAACAAAGCGUAAGUUUUGCAAAGAGGAAGAAAAAAGGUCAAUUGAUCUUUCUUAUCCCCUUGUUGGUGUUAUUGGUGGCUUUGCGGUUGCUGCUUUCAACAAGGCCUGUGAGACAUUCAAGAAGGUCAAACACAACCUCCAUGAUUUCGAAUAUAUGGAGUGCAACUAUGUGAAAGGUACCCAGGAUUAUACUUUCUACAUGACCAUAGAGGCCGUUGAAGAAGGGAAUCUUGGUGUGUAUGAGGCGAUAGUUGUGUGUAGUAGGGAUGGCGGAUCGGACGCAGCUGAAGACGCCUGCCUAGUGCCGGACGUCGAAGGUGGUUGUAGAACAUUGCUCAAGUUUGUCCUUACUUAUCGUACACCAGCUGGUAUGAAAGCAAUGGCGUUAUCUCUGUUUUCUCGCCUGAGAUCCUUAUGCAAAACUUUGAAAUACGUGGUGGGGGAAAAAGAACAUGAGAUUUAUCUGCAACAAUGUUGUACGACUCGUAUGCAACGUGGCAUUGCCCUUUGGGAGAUGGAUUUGCUACAUGCUUUUGAUCUUUCUGUUAUGAAAGGUAUUCAGCAAGUGCUUUCUUUGAACCUUCAGUUGCUCUUUCUGCCAGAUUGCACCCGAAGGAGUGUUCCAGAUGAUUGGUCUCUUCCUGGCAUGUCAUGCAUGUUGCUUAGGAACAGUGGCAAGCCUUGUAAGGGUUAUGACUAUGACGCAUACAGUCGGUGUCUCACGAGCAUCUCACGAGCAGCCAAAAUUGGUCGUGGUGGUGGCUUUAGGAAAAAAUGAGCAGAUGUAUGGAAAGGAUCUUGAAUAGCAGCUUUUGAAAUCUUGUUAGAUAUGUUUACAAUCAUUUACUCUGAUUGUGGUUAACUAAUGGUCCUAACAUUGUCCACGCUAUUUAUGUCCUCUUCUCAGGCAUCGCCUCUUUGUUUAAACCCUAAACUUUAUGUCAAAAAUUGGCCGUGGUUGUGGCUUUGGGAAAAAAUGAGCCGAUGUAUGGAAAAAAUCUUGAAUAUCAGCUUUUGAAAUCUUGUUAGAUAUGUUUAGUUUGAUGAAUACAAUUAUGAAAUGACAAUUUUUUUGGGACGGCAGAAAAUAUAUGUAACUUCUGUAGUAA